AACCGACCAUCGUUUUCUUGCUGGUGCGUCAGUGGCAGCGGAGGGGGCCCGGGAGCCGCGGUCCCGUGGCCUCUAAUGCCGGGGUCUGCGGCCCCAGCACCAUGACGCGGGAGGAGCAGGGCAGGGAGGAGCUGAGCUACGACAGGACGCCCACCCUGGAGCGGGCACGGCCCGAGGCCGGGAGCUACGGCCCCGACGCCAAGCCCAGCGAGCUACAGCUGGCCACAAGGCUGCCCCCAUGCCUCACCCACAAGACGUGGGUCCUCUCCGUGUUGAUGGGGAGCUGUCUGCUUGUGACGUCAGGGUUUUCGCUGUAUCUGGGGAACGUGUUUCCCGCGGAGAUGGAUUACUUACGCUGCGCGGCAGGCUCGUGCCUCCCUUCAGCAAUCGUGAGCUUCGGGGUUUCCCGGAGGAACAUCAGAGCGAUCCCCAACUUUCAGAUCCUGUUUGUGUCCACGUUCGCCAUCACCACGACCUGCUUGAUCUGGUUUGGAUGCAAACUGGUCGUGAAGCCCUCGGCCAUAGACAUAAAUUUCAAUCUGAUUCUGCUCCUUCUGUUGGAGAUUUUCAUGGCAGCCACAGUGAUCAUCUCAGCACGGUCCAGCGAGGCACCCUGUAAGCAGAAGGGUCCCAUGCCGGACGGCGCCAAUGUGCUGUAUGAAGUGGCCUUUCCUGCCCGGGUCCUGAAGUCCUAUUCGGUCAUCGAGGUGAUUGCUGGCGUCUCUGCCGUCCUGGGUGGUGUCAUUGCUCUGAACGUGGACGACGCCGUCUCAGGGCCGCACCUCUCAGUGACGUUCUUUUGGAUCUUAGUGGCCUGUUUCCCGAGCGCUAUUGCCAGUCACGUCACGGCUGAGUGCCCCAGCAGGUGUCUGGUGGAGAUGCUGAUCGCCAUCUGCAGCCUCACGUCCCCGCUGCUGUUCACCGCCUCUGGGUACCUGUCGUUCAGCAUCAUGAGGAUCCUGGAGAUCUUCAAGGACUACCCGCCCGCCGUGGAGCAAUCCUACGACGUGCUGCUGCUGCUGCUGCUGCUGGCGCUGCUGCUCCAGGCCGGCCUCAACACGGGCACCGUCAUGCAGUGCGUGAGCUUCAAGCUGGCCGCGUCCUGGGACACCGUGCAGGCCGGCCCGCCCGAGCGCCCCGCGGGGGAGGUGUCCAGAAGCCCCCUGAAGGAGUUCGACAAGGAGAAAGCCUGGCGGGCCGUCGUGGUGCAGAUGGCCCAGUGAGCGCGGGCUGGGGAGACCGAGGCAGGAGUGGGGCCCCGCCUGGCUCGUGGUCCUCCAGCUACCACUGCCCAGCCAGGCCCGGUGGCAAGGUGGUUUUCAUUUCUUAGAGUAGUUUAAUUCUGCUUAUUGGUCUGUAGGUUCCUGGCCCUGAGGCGCCCCCCUCGUGAGCAGUGGGGCUUGCAGGCGAGCCGGGGCCCCUGCGGAGCCAGGCCCUCCGGGGCUGAUACAUAGGCUGGGACGUGUGGCCAGCCCCCGUCCGCUCCUCCGGCUCUGGGCCGGCGUCCCUGGCUUGCUCGUGUUGAGCAGACACACACGGCCCCACGUGAGUCUAACGGGGUUU